GGCGGGGCUCCUGUAGCGCACACCGCGCGCGCCUUCAGCUCGCGCCAGUUGUGUUUGCAGCGCGCGAGCGUGUCCGUUAUGAGGCGAACCGUCCGUCCGUCAGCGUUUCCCUGUGUGUUUACAUCCGCUAUGAGGAAAGCCGCUGUUUCUCAGCUCUCACCUCAGGCUCGGACCCAAUAAAUCCGCACACUUUAAAGCAGAAUUGUUGUGAAACUUUGACCGUUUAUAGUGAUGGCGACCAUCGGGGACUUCGACCCUUUAAACAGCAGCGUCCCUGCUACAAAGAUCGAAGUGACGGUGUCGUGCAGGAACCUGCUGGACGUGGACACGUUCUCCAAGUCUGAUCCAGUUGUUGUCUUAUACGUGCAAGGAAUUGGGACAAAGGAAUGGAGAGAGUUUGGCAGGACCGAAGUGAUUGAAAACACUCUGAACCCAGACUUUGUGAGGAAAUUCGUUUUGGAUUACUUCUUCGAGGAGAAGCAGAACCUCCGCUUUGACGUAUACAACGUGGACUCCCGAAGCUCCAACAUUUCCAAGCAUAAAUCUUUCCUGGGCCAGACUUUCUGCACUCUGGGAGAGAUCAUUGGCUCGUCUGGAGCUCGUCUGGAGAGAACGCUGUCGGGUAUUCCAGGCAAAAAAUGCGGGAACAUCGUAUUUACAGCAGAAGAGCUCAGCAAUUGCAGGGAUAUUGCCACCAUGCAGCUCUGUGCCAACAAGCUGGAUAAGAAAGAUUUCUUCGGGAAAUCAGACCCUUUUCUGGUGUUCUAUCGCAGCAACGAGGACGGCACGUUCACCAUCUGCCACAAAACAGAGGUGAUCAAAAACACUCUGAAUCCGGUGUGGCAGCCCUUCACCAUCCCUGUACGUGCUCUGUGUAAUGGAGAUUAUGACAGAACAGUUAAAGUCGACGUUUACGACUGGGACCGAGACGGAAGUCACGAUUUUAUCGGCGAGUUUACCACCAGCUACAGAGAGCUGUCUCGAGGCCAGAGCCAGUUUAACGUCUACGAGGUCCUCAAUCCCAAAAAGAAAGGAAGGAAAAAGAAAUACAUAAACUCUGGCACAGUGACGCUUUUGUCCUUCAAAGUGGAAUCCGAGUACACCUUCGUGGACUUCAUCAGGGGCGGGACGCAGCUGAACUUCACAGUAGCCAUAGACUUCACUGCUUCCAACGGUAACCCAGCCCAGCCCACAUCUCUCCACUACAUGAGUCCAUAUCAGAUGAACGCCUACGCGAUGGCAUUAAAAGCAGUCGGUGAAAUCAUUCAGGAUUACGACAGUGACAAACUUUUCCCUGCUUAUGGGUUUGGGGCUAAAAUUCCUCCUGAUGGAAACGUCUCUCACUCGUUUGCUCUGAACUCGGACUGUGAGAACGCUAACUGUGUGGGAAUCGAAGGGGUCCUGGAAGCUUAUUACCAAUGUCUGAGAACAGUGCAGCUGUACGGACCCACUAACUUCGCUCCUGUCAUCAACCAGGUGGCACAGGCCGCGACGGGUGUGACGGACGGCUCACAGUACUACGUGUUGCUGAUGAUCACAGACGGAGUCAUCUCAGACAUGGUGCAGACUAAAGAGGCCGUGGUCAACGCCUCGUCCCUGCCCAUGUCAAUCAUCAUCAUCGGGGUGGGGCCUGCGGAGUUUGACGCGAUGGAGGAGUUGGAUGGUGACGAGGUCCGGGUGUCCUCCCGGGGCCGUGUCGCAGAACGGGACAUUGUUCAGUUUGUGCCGUUCAGGGACUACAUCGACCGCUCGGGAAAUCAGGUGCUGAGCAUGGCUCGUCUGGCCAAGGACGUACUGGCUGAGAUCCCUGAGCAGCUGCUGUCUUUCAUGAAGAGCCGUGGCAUCGAACCCAGACCUGCUCUGUCCCACUCUCCUCCACCACAUCUCCACGUACAUCUCUGAUCCCAUAUCAAGCAUCUGUUCACAGAUUAGCUGCAUAUAAUAACUUAGAAUGUCACUUCAUCCAAAUUACUGACCGAAAUAAUAUAAUCUAUAAUAUAGUCUAGAUUUACGUGAUUACGUCGAACUCUGAUGGUAACGAUCACCUUGUUUGUCAUCGGUUUACACUUACUCAGGUCAUUUAUGGACGUGCGACAUCUCUGUGCAGUUCUCCCAUGCGUUAUCGUUCUCUACCUGCUAUAGACGUGCGUCCGAGACGGACGGCUCAACACGUGCGCACCCGUCGCUCUCCGACACGUAGCGCAGCACCUGAUGGUUAUUCGUUUUAUCCCUAAUUCCUUCUUCAGCUGUUUUGCCUUCCGUCUCUCUGCGUUUGUAUUUCGUUUUCUUUUAAAACAGCUUGUUAACCUGUAUACAUUCACCCUGAGAGAUACACGUGGUGUAAAUAUGUGCAGCUAUUUGUAAACGGAUGUUUUAUAUGCAGAACUGAAACAGAUUCUGGCCAUAAAGAGAAGGACUAAAUACAUUGUUUACCCUUAACAGUUAUUCCACAGGAAUGUUUCAGGAGUAUAUUAUUAUUAUUUAUUUACAGAUGCUGUUACAUUUCA